GGACAAAAAGGAUUUUUUUUGGUUUAACAUUAAUCAAAAUGUAAACAGAGGGUUUAGUAGAUAUACAUCAGAGGUUAUUUUGAAUUGAUAAUAACUUCAAGAGGAAUGAAAGAUCUCUCUUCAGAUAACGGAAGAAACAACUCUCUUCAGAUAUAAAGGAAGAAGCUCGGCGCGCGAGAUUGGAUCAAGGCACUUCGUCAAGAGGAGAAGUGGCUGGCUGUUUUGUUCCUUCCACACGGCGUAGAGCCUUGCUUGCAUCACUAAUCGGAGUAUAUAUAUUUGACGAGAGAAGGAGAUUUGAGCCAGUGCAGCCUACUGGGAGCUGAAGAAAGACCAAAACAUCACGAGUGAAAUUGCAAUCUAAGUAAAAUAUGUUGCUAUGUUUCUUCUUCUUGAUUGCAUAUUAUAAGCUUAACCAUAUACUGUAAUUCCAUGUUGAUUAAUUAAGAUUAUGAAGAAGACAGAGACAUGGAUUUUAAAAUCCAUUAGAAUACUGCGUUAUUGCACGUGUGAUUUGCAAAAACCGCCAACCAAAAUCUGUAGUUAUCCAAAUUUUCUAUAAAAGUUUUCAAAUAUUUUGAAGAUCUUCUCCAACACUUAAACCGCCCUCUAUAUAUAUAUUCCAAAACUUCUAGGGCACAGAAAAACGUGUUAGCAGCCAUAACUGCCGAUAAUUACUGCUUCUCUGCCAGGUUUAAAUCUCCCACCCUCUUGUCUUCUUGUCGUUUAUCUCUGUUCUUCCUACUCUGUUCAGAACCGUGUAUUGUUGAUAAAUCAUCUUAUAAAAGGUUUCUUUAGACCUCUCAUGUUCUCUUCCAGGUUUUUAGAUCUGUAUAUCAUGUCCAGGUUUUAAAUUGACUUCUUGUUGUUUUGUUAUGCAAACACUUUUAGUUGCUAGCUUUGAUGAACAAAGAAACGGGAGAUAAUAUAGAAGGAAAAGGGAAAGGUGAAUAUAUACGAUGGAGACCAGAGGAGAGCAAACUGUUGAUUGAACUAGCUGCUGACUGCUUCAAGCGGGGAUUGAUUGAUCCCAAUGGAAGAAUGCUCAAGGAAACUGUUGAGACAAAGAUACUUCCGGUUCUUAACAAAACAUUCAAGUGUAAGAAGACCUAUAAGCAUUACAUAAACAGAAUGAAGAUUUUGAAGAACAUAUACCGAGAUUCUGUCAAUCUUCAGCGUUUUAAUUCGAAGUUUGAAUGGAAUCCAAUCAUGAAGAAGUUCACGGCUCCUGAUGAAGUGUGGAUUGCUUACUUCAAAGACUAUCCGAAUCAUAGACAUAUGUUUUACAAGACAUAUGAAGAAUAUGAGCAUAUGAAGCUAGUAUUUGGAAAGAGGAGAUUUGAGAGAUCACCUUCACAAGCAUGUAAAGUAGGAAAAAGUGAGAAACUGAAACAAGUAGAUCUUUCUAGUGAUGAUAAGGUUCAUGAGUCAAUGGAAGUAGUUGUACCUGGUACUUCAAUCUACUUAGAGAAUUUCGUUGGAAAUCCAGAUCAAGAAGGUAGAACUGAUGAUGAUGCAUCGGUCACAAAAAAAGACGAUUGCACAGAGCUAAGAUCAAUUGAUUCGGCCACUGAUCACAUAAUGCAAGGAAGAUCAAUGGCUGAGAAAAAAAUGAAGAAUGUUUGGGAUGCUCUCAAAGAGAUUCCUAACUUGGCGAACACAACCAGAUACCAAGCUCUUAACAUGAUUUUAAAGCUUGAAAUGAGAGACAUAUUCGUUAAUAUGUCUAUUGAAGAUCGCCUUGGUUGGAUUCAGUGCACUAUCCAAUGAAGACUUGACUUUGUUAGAGCAACCUUAUUGAGGGUCUCUUUUUUUUAGCUCCUAACUAUUUUAAAAUUUAAAAUUUGCUUUUACAAAGUUAAGAGCCCCAUGAUUGUUUCUUAACUAUUUUCUCUUCCAAUGGUAAUCUCUAAUGAAGUUCUUAAAAA